AUGUGCACGGGGCGCUGCUCACGGCUUGUGGGGCUGGCGCUGGUGCCCAUGGCGCUGGGCUGCAUCGUGGCCAACAUCCUGCUGAUGUUCCCCAACGGGGAGACGGGCUGGACCGAGCACCUCACCCUGCAGGUCUGGCUGAUGGGCGGCCUGGCCGGCGGGGGGCUCAUGGCCGCUGGGUCCCCCCGUCUGUCCAACCGGCCGUCCCUGCACACACCCGGCCACGUGUCCCUCCGCACUUUGUCCCGCCCCAUGUCCCCCCUGUCUGUUCUACGUCCCCCGUCUGUCCGUCCCUCCGAGCCACGUCUCCCCAUCUGUGUGCGCCUGUCCCACAUCUCCCCAUCUGUCCUGCAUCCCCCCCGUCUGUCCCUCUGUUCCGCAUCUCCCCGUCUGUCUGUCCCUCCGAGCCACGUUCCCCCCCGUCUGUCCUGCAUCUCCCCGUCCCUCUGCGCCUUGUCCCUCCGUCUGUCCCAUGUCCCCCCAUCUGCCUGUCCCUCCGCGCCUUGUCCCCCCAUCUGUGUGCGCCUCUGUCCCGCAUCUCCCCGUCUGUCUGCCCCUCCGCGCCUUGUCCCCCGUCUGUCCCUCUGUCCCACGUCUCCCCGUCUGUCUGUCCCUCUGCGCCUUGUCCCUCCGUCUUCCCGCAUCCCCCGUCUGUCUGUCCCUCCGAGGCGCAUCCCUCCAUCCCGCGUCUCCCCAUCUGUCCCUCCGAGGCGCGUCCCUCCGUCUGUCCCAUGUCCCCCCCAUCUGCCCGUCCCUCCGUGCCUUGUCCCCCCGUCUGUGUGUGCCUCUGUCCCGCGUCUCCCCAUGUCUGUCCCUCCACGCCUUGCCCCUCCGUCUGUCCCACAUCCCCCGCAUCUGCCCGUCCCUCUGCGCCUUGUCCCUCCAUCUGUCCCAUGUCCCCCCAUCUGCCCGUCCCUCCGAGCCACGUCCCCCCCAUCUGUCUGCCCCUCCGUGCUGCGUCCCCCAUCUGUCUGUCCCUCCCCGCAUGCUAUGUUCCCACCUCUUUGUCUGCCUGGCCCUCUAUCCCUGCGCACAUCCCCACCCCGACCCGGUCUCUCUGCCCCCCUCCCUCGGGUGCUGCCAGCAUGUGGGGCGUGGGGGGAAAGGGAAGAUGCGGUGAUCGCCGGGGGUUGCUCCAGGGUACGCGUUGUUUGGCGGCCCUGUGUGCGUCACGGACAUGCGACCCGUGGGGAGAGACAUGCUCAUCGGAUUCCCUCCCGGGGAGACCCGGGGCCAAGUCGCGGAGAAGCUCCAGCGAGAGCUUCGAGGACCGAACCUUGACUCCUUCGCCCGCCCCGCAUUGGCCAAGCGACAGCCCCCAGCUGGCGGGUGAAGACAUGAGGUGCUUGAGGGGUCCGGCACGCUCUCGGAGUUGCUCCUGGGACACUGGGUAAAGGCCGGGGCGUGGCACAGACUCUGUGAAUCGGUGACGGGGGUACGCAUUGGACGAGGACCCAAAGACAUCCCCGCCCCCAGAUACCUUGCGCGGAAACUUUGCUUGGGCUGGUUUCCGCUGCAGGUCUGUAUCCCACCUCUACCACCAACAGCGUCCCGACCUGCCCCUUCCUGGGCACGGCCACCCCGGGGUCCGUGGCUC